AUGCGGCAGCUCCUUCAAGUUGCCACAUUCUUCUUCUACCUCAUGCCCUCUGCACUGUGCGGCAACUUGCGCUGCUUCUUCAGGCCCAUCCUGGAGAAGGACUACGAAUUGGAGUCCAUCGUGACCGAGUGCCCCCCGGAUGAGGUAUGCUUCAAAGCUGAGGGUCGCUACGGCAACUUCAGCGCUCUGUCCGCAAAGGGCUGCCUGCCGAAGAGCGUGUGUAGCCUGGAGCACGACCUGUCAUACAAAGGGGUUGUGUACAAGAUGCGCUACGCUUGCUGUGACCGGCCAUAUUGCAACGGCUGUAUGGGCCUCUUUGCCAACGCCUUCUUCAUCGCCGUAGCACUUGUGACUGUUGCUGUGAUGGUCGGAAGCUGA